GGCGGCGGCGGCCGUGCGCGGACAGACGUGCCCGGAGCGCCGCAGCCGCCAGCAUCCGAGACGCGCCGCGCCGCCGAGCCGCGCCCGCCCGCCCCCCGCCAUGGUGGCGUGGAUCAUCUCCAGGCUGGUGGUGCUAAUAUUUGGCACCCUUUACCCUGCAUAUUCUUCCUACAAGGCUGUGAAAUCGAAGGACAUUAAAGAAUAUGUCAAAUGGAUGAUGUACUGGAUUAUAUUUGCACUUUUCACCACAGCAGAGACAUUCACCGACAUCUUCCUUUGUUGGUUUCCAUUCUAUUAUGAACUAAAAAUAGCAUUUGUAGCCUGGCUGCUGUCUCCCUACACAAAAGGCUCCAGCCUCCUCUAUAGGAAGUUUGUACAUCCCACGCUGUCCUCAAAAGAAAAGGAAAUCGAUGAUUGCCUGGUCCAAGCAAAAGACCGAAGUUAUGAUGCCCUUGUGCACUUUGGGAAGCGAGGCUUGAACGUGGCGGCCACGGCGGCGGUGAUGGCUGCUUCCAAGGGACAGGGUGCCUUAUCAGAGAGACUCCGGAGCUUCAGCAUGCAGGAUCUCUCCACCAUCAGGGGAGACGGCGCCCCUGCUCCCUCAGGCCCCGCGCCACCGGGACCCGGGCGGGCCAGCGGCAAACAUGGCCAGCCUAAGAUGUCCAGGAGUGCUUCCGAGAGCGCUGGCAGCUCAGUGUGUACCUGCUGCUUCACCUGCAGGACCUGGAAAGAUGGGCGUGCUCUCCUCCAGAUGCCUUUGCUGACUUUCGUGAACGGCUCCCACUAACGUGUGCUGCGGGGGAGUGUUUGCUAACCCGGGGUGUUUGCUGCACUGGUGGGAUGGUGGGGGGGGGCGGUCCCAGGGCUCCUGCAGAAGGAUCAGCUCGGCCUUGGAGGGCUGGGAGUUUCUCCCUCCCUGGCCUCUCCACGGAGAGAAGAGGUGCAGCUGCUUCCUAGCCUGCUGUAGACACGUUUGCUAAUACAGAACGUCAGUCAAGGCCACACACUCACUCCCCCGCUGUGGAAAAUAAGGGCGACCCCUGUCCUUUCCUAGAGGCUGCGCAGCCUCGGGCACCAUGGUCAGCUCUGCGGGCUCAAGGCCUUGGCUGCCGUUCCUUGAGAUUUGGAGGUGGUUGUGGCCAUGACCUUGCAUGAGAUGUUCCUCAUACAAGUUGUCUUCAGGAGCCAUCAGAGUAUUAAGAUGUGGGCAGCAGUACCCUUUUGGGUGAGAACCUAUUCAGCCACGAAUUCUGUUUGGAUCUACAGGGAGAGGAGUGCUGAGGAGGCCCACCAUCUAAUUUUCUGCCCAGCCACUCACCUUCAUCCUGGUGCCCAUCUUGAUGGGACCAGGUUCUGUGGGGUUUAUAUCUUCAUUUAUACGCCUCCCUGUUUCACAAAGGAUUUAAGUCUGGUUGUGGAAAUAGAGAUGAUAAAUUGAACCAACUAAGAAAAAUGAAGCUUGAGAGAAAGGGAAUAGGCAGGUAAGAUGGAGUCAGAGUGAGAAGAAAAGUUUAAGUGCAUGUCACAAAGUCACAGACUGUCCAAGAUGCUGGGCUUCCUGGCAGCCAGUGCAAAGAGGGAAACGCAGUUCAGAGGUUCAGUGUCACAACACGGUAGCCAGCCGGAGGCUCAGAGGCUCAGCUUGUCCACAGUGGUUAUUCUCACGGGUCCCGAGAGUCAGGCAGAACAUUACAAACAACAUUCUUGGCAAAACCCCUCCAUGAACACAGUAAGCAGUAGGAUUCUUCUCUUUUUAGCAGGUUCUCCCUGUGGCUUCCAUCCGAAGCUACUUCCAGCCCCCAAGCUGCCCGCACUAACCUCCUUUGUUCCCCACCUCUGCUGAGUUGAAUGAUUGGUUUCUAUUCCUGCCUGGAUAUCUGGGUUCCCCUUGAUCCAUCACUCCUAGUGGGCCAGAGGGUCACUUCUUUUCUACCCUUUAGUCCAUGCUCAAGGAUGCAGUAGAGAACAAACUCGAAGCCAUUUUUGUUUCAGUCCAGAGACAGUCGUUGUUGUUGUUAUUAUUAUUACUAUUAUUAUUUUGGUAACGUGUGGGUUCAUUGCUCAGUCUCGGUGAAUCCAGACCACGUGAGCAGGCUGAAUUGUUCGAUGCCUGAGGAUGUUUUGGUGACUCUGGGCUGCCCUCUGAACCCCAGAGUGAUCGGUACAGAGAAAGCCCUGGCCCCGGAUUUAGAGGGAACCACGUGUGCAGAGGCACAGACUCAAACCGGUCCCCUACCCGUUCUCAGGAUGUGGGGUUCUGUGCUGGCGCGGACGGAGCUGGCCAGGCUGCUUCUGCAGUUUCUGGCCUGGUCCGAGAGUUUUCGGGCCUGGGCUGGCCUGUCUCUUUUUCCUCCUGUCAGGUGUCCAGAAGGAAUGUCCUUGUGAUAGGUGUCGAGUUCUGAUUUGGGACAGGAGCCAAGCCCUCUGAGAUGAUGUCAGGUCUCCACCUCGGUUAGUGGACGAGCAGCCACUGUGGGUACAACCCCAGGGUCAGGUGCUCCGAGGGGCCCAGGAGGAUCAGCCAUAGCUCAGGAUGCUUUCUGUGGGGCUGAGGCAGUGAGACUGACGGACAGGAGAACCAGGGUGCGCAGCACAAGGCAUGUGGUACACAUCCCAAGCCCCGCUGGGAGUAGAGAGGCAGGCAGGACCGGUGCAUUCAGGGAGGGCUCCCUGGAGUUGCCAGCCUUCAUGUUCCUCGGUCCUAAGGAUGCAGCUGAUUUGGCCAGGGGAAGGGACCAGAGGGAACCUAAACCCGGAGGAGACAGGCUGGGGGAUGCACUGGAGCAAAAAACGCAAAGGAAGUUUAAUGAUCUCGGGCUCUUACUCAGGUGCUGUCUGAGCGGGUUGCUCCCAGCCUACGAUUCAGCUUUGAAAUCCGUGGUUAAGGCAGCUCUGCUCUCGUGCUGCCUCCUGCCGGCUGUUGGGAGUAUAGCAGCAAUGACCCGGAAAGCGGCUCAAGAUUAGGCUUCCGCUGUUAAGUUUUACUAAGCCCACACCGGUGCUGUUAUUCCCCUUUUGGUAGAGAGAACACAUUUGGUGGCUGAAAAUGUUUUGGGGAGAAGUAGCAGGGUGUCCCAGAAAGAGCUCUGGUUUUUAUCUGCAGGCCUUGGGGUGGUCGGACCAGGUGAUCUGAGGGCCCCCUGGCUGUGCAUUCUGUGAUUCUAGGUAAACACAAUAUACGAAGCCUAGGAAGAUGUGUCUCUGGGUGUCAGAUAAACUGGGUAUGGGCAGGAAGUAUUUUAUAUCUCGACUGAGAUAGGACCACAUGGCCAGAUGACAUGGGAUAUGCUCAGCAUUGAACAUUGCAAAAAUACCGUGCACUCAGCGACAUGAAUCCAUUCUGGUGCUCUCCCUGUGGAUUAGUCACGGCAGACCAAAACAGGAAUCCUGCUGUCGUUUUGGAGGGGAAGACUGCUGCUAGAUUCUCCUUCCACUAGGCUCCUCUGCUCCUCUAGGACUUGGCCUUUGAAAUGAAAAAUCUACAUAGCUUUGCUUAAGGUUCUCUUUGAAGGCUUCCUGGCAUUUUACAUCCCGUCUCUUAAAGAAUGCUUGGAGUUGAAUGUGCAAGUGUAAUGAAGGCACUGUCAGCAUUGCUGGUGUGUAUUAUAGAAAACUGUGCUAUUCCUCUCCAGAGGUCACUGCCACCAUCUUUCCUAGAGAUUCUUUCCCGGAGCAUUCUUCUGGUAUGGCCUCACAGCUCUAAGCUGCAGGGUUAGACAUGUCUCAGUUGGGGCAGCGCUGUCCCCACCUCCCCUGGUAGCUUAUCAGUAGAUUCUGAAGCCUGUGCCCGUUCCCAUGCACGGCGCCUGACCAGUCUCACAGUUGCAAUGAUCCUGGAUCCUCUGCAGUACCGCUGGAGGAUACCGGGGCCUCGGCUCUCCUAACCGGCCUGGCCUGCCGUGCUGUGUGCCUAACUUUGACCUUGCGUGCCCUUCUUCGCUCCUUUCGACACUGAUCCCACCUCGCUGUACUUUGUCUCCUCUGCAUAGAUUGUAAAUGGACAUUCAGUGGUUGAGGGGGAUGUGAAUGAGGGUGGUGUGAAGGCAUGGGAGCCUCACCAGGUCCAAAACCCAUUGGCAUUUUCCGAUGAUGAGGAGG